CCUAACCUGGAGCAGCAGACCUUCACUAAAGGAAAAACUAAAAAGGAGUUCUUCAGGCAGAAGGAAAAUGAUUCCAGAUGGAAGCUCAAAGAUACAGGAAGUAAUGAAGAGCAUUGGAAAGCAUUUGUUCACUGCUCAGCACAGAAGCAUGAUCAGACGGAGAAGAAAUGAGAUAAGUACCAAGAGCCUAAUGGACCGUUUCUUGCAAGAUGUACUGCAACACCACCCAUCUAAUCGUCGAGCAAACAGAUCAGUGCAACAUAUGAAUCCUGUAUCAACUUCUGAAGUCAUUCACUUGGAUGAUUCUGCUGCUGAAGAACAGGAAGGAGACGAUGCUGAAACUGGACAAGAUAGAUGCCCUGAGAGUUCUGAACCUGGUGAAGCGUCACAUUCCAUACCUAGUAAAUCUGAGCUGUGUUCACUGGUGGUGUCAAUUCGACCGUCAGUUAUUCAGAGACUGGAGAAAGGACAGCAGCAGCCCUUGCAGUUUUUUUAUAAAGUUAGGCCUGCUCGGAAAAAAUGUAAUUCAGUAGAUGUUGGUGAAGCUACAAAUAAUGGAAACAACUUAACACGUCCCCCAGUGAUUUUUAAUGCUCCAGCUAGUCGUUUACCUGAAAGUUCUCAUGAUAGACCAGUCGAAACUAAUAUCACUAAGUUAACACCAGCAGCCCAUUUGGAUUCAGUUAACAAAUGUGACCCCAAAAAAGUUGACAAAUACCUUGAGGAGCUAGACAGGGUCUCUAGAAAGCCUACACAAUCAUUCAAUCUAGAAACUUCUUCAGUUUCAUAUCAGAAGCCUAAAGAAUCAAACAAUAAAUCUUUAGGUAUAAAUUCAGAUAAAUUGGUUUUACAGAAAAAUGUAAAGGCUCAGAGCAAAACUUUCUUAGCUGGCUUUAAAGUCCGUGAACAUAGGGGUACUGAGGGGCCCUUAAGAGUUGAUUCCCCUCGUGAGUUAGAAGUAAACUCAGCAGUAAACCUGAAUAAAACUGACAUGCCAUCUAAUAAAGGACUCUUUGAGGUUGCCAUUCCAAAGUACCAUGAGGAAUUCUUUUCUAAUGUGGAUUGUACCCAAAAAGAAAAGCAUUUGGUUAACAAGUCAGCCUUUUUGGAACAGAAGUGCUUAAUGAGUUCUGAAUCGAAAUUUGAUUGUAGCUCUCUGCAGUCAGCAUCUCCUCAACCUCAAGAGGCUAUGCGAGACUCGAGCCUUUGGAAGGAGAUUGACCGAGAAGAUAACAAUGGUGAAUCUAGAGAUCCUGAAAUGAGUUUUGAUUGCAGUUCUUCUCAUCCUCUGACUGACCAAUCUAAAGUGACUGCCAAAGAAAUAAACCUUUCUAGGGAAGUAUAUGCUGAUUUACAGGAUAAGAAUAAUAAAUUUUAUGGUUCUGAAAUAAGUUCUGAUUUUGAUGACUCUCUUCAGUUGGUUACCAACCAAUCCCCAGUGAUUGUUAAAGAAAUAAGUCUUCAGAAUGCAACGCGUAUUAGCCUGGUUGACCAAAGCUAUGAAUCCAGUAGUUCUGAAAUGAAUUUCGAUUGUGAUGCCUCACUUCAGUCCACUAAUGACUACCCUCAAGAGCCUGUAAAAGAAGUGAACCUUUCUAAGGAGAUGCACAUUGGUUUGGUUGAUAAGAACUAUGGAUCUAGUAGCUCUGAAAUAAAUGCUGAUUCUGUUUUCCCACUUCAGUCAGUGGUUGACCGACCCCCAGUGGCUGUCACAGAAACAAAACUUCGGAAGAAGAUUCGCACUGGCUUGGUUGAUAAGUACUGUGAAUCAAGUUGUUAUGAAACAGGUUUUGAUUGUGAUGUUUCUUUUCAGUCAGGAGUUGAUCAUCCCCAACUGAUUGUCAAAGAAAGACAUCGGAAAAGUAGACGAGUCCACCCAAAACAUAAGAAACGUAAACCCAGUAGUACUAAAGCACGUCUUGAUGGUGAUGUCUCUCUUGAGACAGUGGCUGAUGAACCCCAAAGGGCUAUGGAAGAAAUAAAUCUUCACAGAGAGGAGAGUUCUUACCUUGUGGAUAUGAACUAUGAGUAUCAUGGUCCUGAAAUGGAUUUUGACACUGAUGCUCAAUUCAUGGCUGACCAUCCUCAAGUAGCAGUUAAAGAAGUGAACCCUCGGAAAAAAGAUACUGACCUAGACAAUAAGAGCGUUCAGUGUAGCAUUUCUCAUCUAAGCUCUGAUUCUCCUGCUGCUUCUUAUCAGUCAUCUAAUGAUCAGCUUCAAGAGGCUUUGGGUGAAGUAAAUCUUAAAGAGCUAAAUAUCGACAUGGAAGUUAAUAGCUGUGCAUACUCCGGUUCCGACUUCACUUUGGAAUCCGAUCCCGCUCUUCUGCCAGUUACUGAGCGGUUUCAGCUGGUUAUUGGAAGAAAUAAAGAACACAUUGGCCUGGCAGAUGGGAACUAUGAGUCUAAUAGUUCUGACGUGACUUUUGAUUCAUAUAUUUCUGCUUCAAUAAUUGACCAACCUCAAAUGGCUGUUUAUGAGGAAGAACCUGUUGAUCUGAGAAGUAAAAAUAAUGAAUCUUACAUUUCUGGAAUAGCUUUUGAUUCUGAUGUUCCUCUUCAUUCAGGAAAUGAUCAACCUGAAGUAGCUGUUAAAGAAGUAAUCAUUCAGAAAGAAGAGUAUGCACACUUAGAAACGGAGAGUGAUGAACCCAGUAGUUCUGAAAUAAGUUCGGAUUCUUACAGCCCUCUUCAUUCAGUGACUAAUUCUCCUGAAAUAGCUGUUAAAAAAUUCAGCCUUCAACAAGAAGACCAGGUAUACUUAGAAGAUAAGGAAAAUGAACUUACUGAUUCUGAAUUAAGUUCAAAUUAUGAUAUGAUUUUUCAUUCAAUGACUGGACAUUCUGAAGAUCUCAUUAAAGAAAGAAACCUUCAGAAAGAAGAGCACAUAGACUUAGAAAACGAGACUGAUUUUGAAACAUAUGUGGUCUCUGAUAUCCCUCUUCAGUCAAUGAUUCACAAACGUGGAGUAGUUGUUAAGCAAAUACGGCUUAAAAAAGGAAAGCAUGCUGAAUUCCGAGGUAAAAGUGCUGAAUUUAGUGGUUCUGAAACAAAUUCAGAUCUUGGUGUUCCUCAUUAUUCAGGAGCUGAACCUCAAGUAGCUAUUAAAAAAAUCACCAGAAAGAAGAAGCGUGUUCUAGAAAAUAAGAAUGAUAAAUGUAGUGGUUCUGAAAUAAUUCUGGAUUCUGAUGUUGCUUCUCAGUCAAUGACUGAGAGUCCUCAAGUAGCUGUUUUGGAGGAGGAGGACAAUGUUGACCCAGACGAUGAAAGCAUUGAACUUAGAAGUUUUGAAAUGGAUAUUGAUAGCUCUUUUGAUUCAAUCAUUGACCAAUCUCUGGAAGACGGAAGCAGUGAAUCAAGCGAUGGUAAAGUAACUGUUAAGUCUGCACAACUUCGGGAAGCGAUUAAAAAAAUAAACAGGUGGAAGAGAGAGGUUGCCGUCCUGAGAAGUAAGAUUGAGGAAUAUAGAGCUUCUAAAUCAAGACCUAGUUCUGAUGGUUCUGUUGAGUCUGUGUCUGAUCAAGCUGAAGCAGAUGUUAAAUCAGUAAACCUUGGAAAUGAAGAGAGUGCGGAGUCAGAAAUUGAGGACGACCAGGGUAGUUGUUCUCAAAUGGGUUUGAAUUCUGAUUGCUUGGUUCAGCAGCCGAUAGUUGAUCAACCUCAAGUAACUAUUUGGGAGCAGGAGCACAUUGAGCUAGGAGGUAAGCACAAUCGCUCUUGUGGUUCUGAAGUAAGUUUUGAUUCUGAUGACCCCCUUCAAUCAGUGGCAGAGCAGGUUAGAGACACUGUUGAAGAAAUAAGCCUUUGGGAGGAUGAAGAAGUAGACAUGGAAGAUCAGAGGCAUGAAGCUAUGAGUUCUGGAAUUGUGUAUGAUUCUGAUGUCCUUCAGUCAAUGGCUGGCCAAACUGAAGAAGUAAAGAAGGUUAACCUUUGGAAAGAGCAUGUUAGCUUGGAAAAUAAGAUUGUUAAGCCUGGUAAUUCUAAAGCAAAUUUUGAUUCUGAUAAACCUCUUCAGUCUGUGACUAACAAAAUUCAAAGGGCUACUGAAGAAAGAAGUCUUCUGAGGGACGGACAUGUUUAUCUGGAUAAUAAAGGCUAUGAACCACAUGAUUCUGAAAUAAUUUAUGUUUCAAAUAUUCCUCUUCAGUCAGUAAUUAAGCGACCACAAAUUUUGGAAGAGAUGCAUCCUAAUUUGGAAGAUAAGAGCAUUGAUCCUUGUGCUCCUAGCGUAAGCUUUGAUUCCAGUGAUCCUUUUCGGUCAGCAACUACCCAGCUUCAAAAAGCUGUCAAAGAAAUAAAUCUUUGGAAGGAAGAUCAUGUUUACCUGGAAGAUAAUAGCUAUAGACUAGGUGGCUUUGAAGUGAAUUGUGAUUCUGCUAUUCCUGUUCAUUUUGUGCCUGAUCAAUCUCCUGUGUCUGUCAAAGAAAUAAACUUACAAAAGGCAUAUCAUAAUGACCCAGAAAAUAAGAACUGCGAAUUCUAUGGUUCUGAAAUACAGUGUGGUUCUGGUAUUCAUUUUCAGUCUGAAGUUUGCCAACGUCAAGUGGCUUGCAAAGAAAUAAACUUUCAGCAGGAAAACCAUCUUGGCAUGGAAGAAAAGAUUGGUGAACCUAGUGAUUCUGAAAUGUGUGAUGCUGAUGGCCCUUUUGAAAUAGUAGUUAACCAGUAUCCACCGUCAGUCAAAGAAACAGAUCUUCCGAAAGUAGUACUUGUGGACGUUGUGCCCAGUAAUGGUGAUUGUCAGGUAAUUUCUGAUCCUGCCAUCCCUCUUGAGUUAGUGACUGACCCACCUCAAAUGACUGUCGAAGAAAUCAACUGUAUACGUGCAGAAUGUAUCGAUGAAGAAGAGGAGAGCUGUGACUCUUUUGGUCCUGAAGUAAGAUGUGUUUGUGAAGCCUUUCCUCCAUCAGUCACAAGUGAAUCUGAAGAGACUUUUAAAAUAAUAAACCGGAAGAAAGACUAUAUUAUUCUGAGCAAUUGUAAUUGUCAGCCUUGUGAUUCUGAAGUAACUUUUAAUGCUGAUGCCUCUGAUCAGUUGAUGACUUACCAGUCAGAAGAGCCUGAUCAAAAAAUGGAGAAAUAUGUUAACCCAGGUAAUAAGGGCCGUCAAUCUAAUCGUCGUAAACGACGGCCAGCAACUCGCCGCCGGCAGAAAGCUCGCAAAAAAGUCAACCUUCAAAAAGAUAGGAAAGGUCUAAGAAAUACUGGCCAGAAAGGUAAGAGCUGUAAAUCUAGUGUUUCUGCCAAGGACUUUGAUGCCUCUUCUGAGUCAAUGAUACAUCAAAUACCUGCUAAAGGGACCCGUUUGCAGUCAAAACUUAGACGUCUAGAAAGUGCGAGCUGUGAACCCUGUGGGUCUGAGGUGAACUUUCAAUGUGAUCCCUCUUUUCAGUCUGACGCUAAUCAGCCUCAAGAAGCUAUUAAUAAAACAGACCUAUUUAAGAAGGUAUCUUUUGACCUGGAAGAAAAGAGCCAUGAUUCCCAACCAAGCUCUGUUCCUGUGGUUGAUUCUGUAAAGAACCUGGAAAAAGCAAAGGAAGUCGUAGAAGAUAAUCCUGAUGAACCAGUUCUUGAAGCCUUGCCUCAUGUCCCUCCUUCAUUUGUGGGGAAAACAUGGUCUCAGAUAAUGAGAGAAGAUGACAUAAAAAUUAACACUCUUGUGAAGGAAUUUAGAGAAGGUCGUUUCCACUGUUACUUUGAUGAUGACUCUAAGACCGAAAAGGUUUCUGCGACUAAGCAGAAAAAAAGGGUUACCUGGGCUGACCUUCAGGACACUGCAUCAGUUCAAGCUCCAUCAGAUUGUAAUGAUACUGCAAGUAGUGUUUCAAAAACUGUUGACUCUUCAGUGGCCUUAGAUAAACCAUGCCAUCCUCCUCCUCCAGCAGAGAGGCCUCCUGAACAAGAGAGGCAUCCUGAACAAGAGAGGCAUGUACCUUCUCCAUGCGAGACUGUGAAAGUUAGCCAUGGAACUCAAACCAAUUUUGUGAAUUUCCCAAAACGGAAAAGAAAACGAAGCAGACAAGAGGAGGCCUCACCAAAAAGUAAGCACUUACAUUCACAGGUUAACAGAAAAGCAAAAAACAAAGUCAACUGUGAGACAGUUGACUUUCCUGAAUCAUGUACUAAAGUUUUGAGGCCUAUGCAAUCCAAAGCCUUGGUCUAUGUUCUUUCUUCUCUAAAUAUUAAACUACAGGAAGGUGAAUGCCUUCACUUCUCCAAAACGAGUUGGGAUAAUGAAAUGCAGUUUGUAUGCAAAUAUAAUAUGAACGCGCUUAAUUGUGACUCAUGGGUUAAGGACACUAUAACUAAUCCUCCACUGAACAUAAUAGUACCAGAGGAUGACAAUCCUAACUGGGUUAAAAAUUAUCUUAACAAGAACAAUGUAAACUCCAGCGCAGGAGGUGAUGAUGCUAAUGGACAGAGCUCUUCUUCAAGCCCCUUAAUGACAGUGCCUGCAAGAUCCCAAUUAAGUUUACAAAACAGGACUGAUGACUCUUCUCUGUUGCCAGAAGACUCAGAGGCUCCCAAUGCUAGUGAGGUUCCAAAGGGAGCUAAUUUCCAGCUGAUUACUUUAAAGCAUGAUAUUGCCAAUAUGUCUCCAAAAUUGGUUAGAAAAGAGUUAUCAGGAAAUAAAAGUAAAAAGAAACUUCAGGGAAGGAAGGUGACGACUGCUAAUAAGCCAGAUUUUCCCAAAAAGGUUUUAAAACCAAUUAUUCUCCAGCAAAAAACCGGAAUAGCUUCAGAAAAGCAGUCAAUUUGGAUUCGGACCAAACCAAGUGAUGUAAUUAGAAAGUAUAUUUCGAAAUACUCUGUUUUUUUACGUCGUAGAUAUCAAUCCAGGAGCACUUUUAUUGGAAUGCAUCUUAAGAAGAAAAAGUCUGUUGUGAGUAGCCUAAAGAACGUGAAGAGACCAGCUAAAAUUUUUUUGAACUCCUCAGUUCCACCAGCUGGUGCUGAAGAGCUGUCAAGCGCUAUAGCAAGUUUUUCUCUGAAGCAACCUGUGCGGGGUUUUUGCCGUUUCGCAAAAAAGAAGAAGCAUGGUAAUACUGCAAGAAAAAGGAAGAAUGGUAAUAAAAAAUACAACAGCAAAAAGGAAAGUUCUUCUGAACAUGUUAAACCAUAUGCUUUGAGAAGUCUAUCACAUCCUUCAUCACAUGCUAAGAGAAUGAAUACUCGGCUGUCACAUAAAUUGAGACGCAGUGAGACAAAAUAGAAGGAGCUUUUGUGUUAAGGAUAGUUGAGGAUUCAGUACUGCAGUUGAAAUAUACUUAGUACUUAGUGCACACAGCUUUCCCAACUUUGGUGAGAAAACUAACCUUGAACUAUUUUGCUAUAAAUAUUAUUUUUCAAACCUUUUAUAUUCAUUUGAAAUUAGUGUUUAGUGUCCUUUUUUUUUAAGAUUCAAAAGCAACUUUUGUCCAUCAUUUUUUGUAGAAGAGCUUUACCUUAAUUUAUGUCAUAAUUUAGCACAGUAUAUAGAAUUUUGCCCCUCAAAUCAUGUCCCUCUUAUUUAUUUUUUGUGAUUCUCUUUCAUGCCAGCAAGUUAUAAUAUUUUGAAAAUGAAUAUAGCAAACUUAUUAAUGCUAUCUUAUAUUGCUUUUGAAAAAUUGGAACAAUGCACACGUGUCUACAUUCUUUAUGUUGCAGAGUGGCAUUGUUAAUACAGUAUUCUAACUGGAUAAUUAAAAAGAAGGAACUAUAAUGAAUUAUCUCAACUUCUGAAUGGGGUUGACUUAAAUGAUGACAAACAGACCAUAAUUUAUCUGUCUUUUAAAAGCAUUCCAGAGAAUGAGAUUCCAUAAUCUUUAAUCCAGUUUUUAAAAGCUGCCUGGUGAUUUCGUGUAUAUAACAAACUCCUGCUUCAUUUAAAUUGGAUCUGCAAGUCUCUAACUUGUCUCAUUUGGACACAUGCACACAUACAGUGGCUGUGAUUUUUCUUUAGCAUUAUCAGAUCUUAAGGGGAAAAUGAUUUGCCAGUGUGAUCAGGCUUUUUUUUUUUUAAGCCACCUUAAUCCAUCCUCUACGUGAAGUGUUGGUGUUUUAAUGUGAAAAUCCAAGUUACUUUGUGGCCUUAUUUCUUAAGAGUAUUUUAGACUUUAUCUUAUCAUUUUUUAAUAGCUUGAACUAAAAUUAUUAGUUUGGUAAUAUUAUUUGAGCAGGUCGUUAAUUGUCAUUAGUAAAUUAUGUAUCAUAAAAUUUCAAAAAAUUGAGUAAAACCAGUAACCUAUGUGGUGGCCCAUUUUUCACGUGAAAACCUGUAUUUGUAAGUUAGUUUGUCUUAAACGUGCUAACUGAUUUUUUGAUAGUUCAAAUAAAAGAUGUGAUGAUAUGCAGUUUAAAUUUGUGGUACUAAGAAUAUAUUCAGAACCCUUAUUCAGGGCCACUGGUUGAGCUGGUACAGAUAUAAUCAGUUAUCAUUCAUUUGUGUUAAGCCAAGAUCCUGGAUCUUUCUCUGUCCAUGUUAAGGGGAAACGUGAAUUUUAGCUGUAUCGUGUAACUACCUUAUUUUAUUGAAACUUGCUUCAGUGGUGAACUGUAUCUUGAUUUCAGAAUUAAAAAUGUGUUAUCUUAGAAUUAAUGAAAUAAUAGUGUAAAAUCUGGCUUCUAAAUGUGGUGUUAUUUCAGGGGCCAUCAUUUAACCUGUGGGUAUGUUUUGAUGGAAUUCUGUUGUAAUUUCUUUCCUUCUAAAUUUAAACAGUAAUUAUGUUGGAAAAAAAAUGGACAAAUAUUUAUAUUUUUAGUUGCAAAGCAGCAUAUAUAGCAUUUCUUCAACCUUGCCUCCCCAUAUACAAAUAUAUUUUAGUUUCCUUUCUUAAAAUAUCACUGUGGGCCACUAGUUCAAAAUAAUUCUCCAGUUUUAAUUUGGGAAGAAAGCUCUGUCCUACUGAUGAGGAAGUAAAUGGCUAGUAUAUAAAAAUAUUAUAUUUGUGGGUAUUGGUGUCUUUUAUCCCAUGGAAUAGACACUUAGUUCCCCUAAGUAUUAUUAAUAGAUGUUCUGCAUUCUACCUGUAUAAGUUUAAAAGAGAUCAUAUGGAAAUAAUGUACUAUGUAAUUAUGUGUCUUCAUGCAGAGAGGACAGUUCUUACACUUUAUUUUGUUUAUUAUUUUUUUUUUGAGACAGAGUCUCGCUCUGUUGCCCAGGCUAGAGUGAGUGCCGUGG